AUGGAUGGGUUCCUGCCCACGUUUCCACAAUACAAUGUCUGCGCUCCCCCGGCUCAAGACAGCAGCUGGGUAAAGAGAGAGGGCCGCUUCAUGAUCCCCCAGGGUCUCAACUACCUGGAGCUCUGCAAGGUGAUCCUGUCUCAAGUCAGCCCCAGUUUGCCCCCGCCGCUCAAGAGAGAAAACACCAGAGAGUGCGGCGUGCAGGUCAAUGCCAAGGUGGAUAAAAUCGUCCAGUGCUCGCUUGGUCCCAAGACACUGUUCUGCUUGGAGGGCGACCACUCCGCGUCCUCGAAGCCCCCCAACAGCCCGGAUCUGUUGAAGCCGGACCUGAAGGCUGUGUACAACACACCGCCGGUGAACAACCUGCGCUUCCUGAGGCCCGUUUCCAUCUACUCGCCGGUGUUUGACCGCAGGAUCUUCAUGAAGAAACUCUGCGGUGACGGUGAAAGUGAAGGAGCAGCUCAGGCCGAGUCUGACAAUAAUGCUGAGACGGAUCAAAGCGGCGAGGACACGGUGAAGGACUUCAAGACGACCUUCCACCGGUCUUCAAAGGGGUCCAACUUUCAGUUCCUAGAGCAGAGGUAUGGCUUUUUCCACUGCAAAAAGUGUAACAUCCGGUGGGAGAGUGCUUAUGUGUGGUGCAUCUCUGGAACCAGUAAGGUGUACUACAAGCAGCUCUGCCGGAAGUGUCAGGUGGGAUUUAAUCCCUACAGAGUGGAGUCCAUCCUCUGCAAGGGUUGCUCUCAGACUUGCUGCAGCUGCGAGAAGAAGCAGCGGCACAUUAACAUGAAGAGGCCUCACCGCCAGGACCUGUGUUGUCGUUGCAAGGGCACGAAGCUGUCCUGUGAUGCCACCUACAGCUUCAAAUACAUUGUCUGAGCUGCCCUGCACGUUGGCUCCGGUCUGGAAUCACACAUUCCUCAAGGCUCAUCUGAUGGCGCUUGCCUUCACCCCGUGGCAGCAGACAUCUAGUACCUGGAUGUCUCAAAUGGAAGUUGCCUCCAGUAAUGUACUUGGAGAGUCCCUUAUUCUCCUACCAGCGAGUAGAUGAAUCUCUGCCUUGGUUGUUUAUUUGAGCAGCGUCUCAAAGUCUGUCCCUUCAUUAAUCACGGUGCUUAACUAAACAUUAAAAAAUAUUUUUGUAUAAAGAAAUAAAGCUUAUGAAAUAAACACAUUGCAUCUCAAAA